UUAAUUAUUACCAAAAUGAGCGAAUUCCGACAAGCUACGGCUCACGUGGACGCGCUCGAGGCGCGUCUAGCGCAGCUUCAGCAGUGUAUCGCCGACGAUAAUGCAAACGACUAUUUAGAGGAGAACUUCAGCUUCAUAUUGGUGCGUCUGUGCCUUUUCCACAUUCAAUAAUCGCGUCGAUUUACAUGUUAAGAAAUUUUCUCGACAGACUGCAAUCGACGGAGAUGUGGACGUCCUGAUGGAGAAGUUUCGCGCACGUUGCUCUAUGGUGGAUCCCGUAACAAACCAGCUUCGAUUCGGUCCCAAAAUGCUAGCCAAAGUGCAGGAUCUAUUACAUCGUUAUGACAACAUAAAGCUCGCAAUGGAAGAGGACGCUCCUCUGCGUCUACAAGUGGAGUCAAAGCUCAAGCAGCUAGCGCAACAACAAGUCAUAAGGCAACAGGAAGAAAUUGCUCGCGAGAAAGAGGCUAGAGACGCCCAGCGAGCUGCUGAACUGGCCAAUGAACAGGAGAAGGAGAGACUUUUACAUGAAGCCCGGGAGCGAGAAGCUGAACGAGAAAGAGAAGAACAAGAGCGGAUUCAAGCGCUGGCUAUUGCAGCACAGAAGAAGCGCGAGCAGCGCGAGAAGGAGAGGGCGGAAGAGGAACGCCAGCGACAGUUGGAGGAGCAGGAGCGCGAACGCUUGAACGCGUCGAUCCCGCACGGAAAAGAGGGACUUGAGAAGGCUAUUGCCAUGCUGCGAGAAGGCACAAGCAACGAGACGCUGUUUCGACAGUCUCUGCAGAAACUUUUGGCUGUGGUGAGCAACAUCUGCAAGUCACCGGAGAAUGCCGCGUUUCGUCAUAUUCUCAAGGACAACGUUCACUUCCACGCUGAUCUGGGACAGUAUCCUGGUGGACACCAGUGUCUACUUGCCAUGGGCUUUAAAGAGCUCCAACAAGGAGAUGAAACACAGCCCAGAACCGUGUUCGUGCUGGAGGUAAAACUACCUUUAACGCUCAGUCAUUGACAGGUCCUCAUUAAAGUGACUUUUUCCUACAGGAGCCGGAUUUAUCGGAAGAUUUAGAUGCCUGGAGCACUUGGUUCGAUGAGCUCAAGGAACUGCAAAGUCUGGUAGAGUCAAAGCUCGGAUAGAGCCGUAGAAGACGAGCUUAUGGUGUAAGAUCAAGUGCGUUGACCCCUGUAAUGUCUCUUCUCUCGCUAGAUGCACUAGAUAUCGUUACGCGACUGCUUCCGCACCAACUCGACUAUGGUAGGAUGAGUCACAUUGGACAUCACAGCGGCAAAUUCUUCCGAUGUAAUACUCUCGUGUCCUUCCAGUCUCAAUGCAUCCAACGCAGUCAACAGCUCAGCAAGCGUCUCCUGCGAAUGAAUGUGUCUGGUAAUGAGUUUCAUUGUGAAGGCAAGCCCAGCUGACGAGACUUUCCCCGACCCAACAGCAUCCAAGUGCUGGAAAAAGCUGUUUAUGUCAGCAGCACUGAGACUUGCUGAGCUCUCUGGAAUCGCAGUAGGAUGUGGCUGAACUUGCUCUGUGCUGUCUUGUUCUUUCUUACGAACUUCAGCCGCGAGUCCAAGCACAAUUUUCUCCUGUUCUCGAGCAUAUUUUUCGAUCUCUUCGACUCGAGUCCCCACGACGGUGCAGUCCCGGUAGCUUUUCGCUUGAUCAGCCGUCAGCUUAUCCUCUCUUGCAGACACGGUUCCCAAUGAUGGAGCAGUCAACGGGGUGUUAGUUAAGAUUGCAGUUAAGGGGAAUAUCGAGCUGCUUUGGGCUACGGAGAUCUCCAUGUGGAGCAUAGCAAACCACAGGAACGCGUCGUCGUCCACAGCCACGUUCAUGAAGACAAGAGUGCGUGUUGAGACGUUACUAGUGAGCUUGAUGCCAUUGACGCAGUCGUCAUCACUGAAGAGCCCCACUUCACAAUCUCUCAGCGCAACUUCCAUCAGAGUAUCACCCGUGCUUUGAGUUACACGGAACAUUCCACUGGCAAGACGACAUUGAUGCAACAUCCAGCCAUCAGCAGCACGGAACUUCACCCGAACAACGCCUUCUUUCACAGCAGGAGCCCGGAACAGCAGUCUCUUUGCCUGCUUGUAGCAUCCUUUCUUCUGACGAAUUGCGUGCCAAAUGGUGUCGACCGAGUCGUGCAUCAUCCCAAACUGAGAAAUCCCGAUAAGCGCGCUCCCUUGCGGGAUAAUAGCCGAGUUAUUCGUCUCCGUUGUGGCUUUCAAGUCCGCAGAUGAAGCGGAUAUUGGCAUUGGAGACGGAGUUUUUGAAGAACCGGACGUGGCUACAGUCAGCAUACUCACUCGUCGAACAAUUGCUGCCAUACUAACUCGUCUAGGCGAUCGGGGAGCUGAUGGCUCAUGGCUUAGCACGAAAAUGCGCUUCUUGUGUUUUUCCAGGACAAUCCCAGCGUUCGCCUCUGAAGCUACAUCAAGCGAGUACACAACACUAUUCCGCAACAAUUUCUGAAUAUCGUCGUGGAAAAUCUUCUGGUAACGUGCUCGAUCGACGGCUGCUGCUGCAUUUCGGAUUAAAUCCAUCCAACGUCGAGCUUCCGGCGCACUACCCGGGGCAAACGCUACUUCGCAGCCGAGACUACGCACUGUGAAGGCGUUGGCUUUCUCAAGUAAUGGAGUCACACGACACGUUGGGACGAGCUGCACUUCAAAGACGGAGCCCAAUUUCCGCUCACUUUUCUUCACUCGAAGCAUCCCAUUGUCCAAUUCGACGUAGUGCUGUUUCCAUGGUCCACCGGGCUUUGGUUGAGCCUCAACAAAGCUCUGUAGCUGGUACGAAUUGGACUCUUGUGGGGCUAAAAUUCCAGGUUGUUUCUUAGGAGAUGCCCCACCAUUGUGUCGAUACUUCAGAGCGAUAAUUCGCAGUCGAAUGGCCAGGAUCCAAUGCGUUCGUAUCUGCUCAGUAGGAGCUGCUAGCAGGAUAUACGCUUGACCCGUAGUCACAAUAAAAGGGUAAAAAGCAGCAACACUGGACCCUUUCGGUCGAACUUCGUUG